GGCCUUGUUCUUUCCCUCCUUUUCUGCUGUCGGGUAGGUUUCACACCAGCGAAUGCUCCGAGGAGCAGGGUACAGCUCCACGGGGCAGGAACCUGCCAGAAGCUCGGCACGGGGGGCCUUUCCUGCAAAUUUAAAGAUCUCCGCCAAGUUCGGGAUUUCUCCCUCACCCCCAUAUCUUUUAUUCAAACGCACAACGAGGGCCAGCAGACAGCGUGCCGCCCCCAGCCCCCUAUCUGGCAGCCCCUGCAGGCAGCUCCGCCGCCAACACCAAGGCGACCCCAGGCCUGCCCGCGGCCUCUCAGAGGAUCCGGACAGGCGGAGGCGGGAAACCUUUCCCGCCUCGCCCCCCGGCCCCUCCCCGCGGCGGCAGCGGUGAGCGGUAGCGGGUUGCUCCUGAGGGUUGCGGCUGGACGGACGGGGUCCCCUUCCGCGAUUCUUCUACCAGGGCGCAGCAGCCGCUCUCCCCUUGCCUGGGCCUGAGGUUUGGGCUUCUCCCGAACACCUUCCCCAUCGUGCCAGCGCAGGACGCCAGGGUGCAGGUUUUUCUCUGCUCGGUCUCGUUCAGGGUCUGCUCACAAGUGGUCUCCAGAUGGAAGGAGAGAAGGAGCUGUGCGAUGCCAUUUCUGACAAGAUCACAGAAAGGGAUCCCUUCGCUGAACUCUAUGAAGAAGCUGAGGCCAAUACUUGGAAUGAAGAUGACAGUCCCCUGGCAGAUGAUCUCAAGAACAUGCAACAAUGUGAGACAGUACUGGAAGUAAUACUGGAAGAUAAUGCUUUCCAGAGAUGUAGCAAGGCAGAGGCCUAUGAGAGCCAGCAUAUGUCUGAAAUGGACCAGAAGGACCUCCCUGGGGAGAUACAGGAUGAUGGCAUUCAUCCAGAAAAGUCCCUUGAGGGCCUCCAAAGCAUCCCUCUCCAUGCAGAAGAUGCUAUAGGAGAUGAUCACUCUGGAUACGGUGCACAUGAGGAAACCAUCAGUCAGACAUCAAAUCUUCAGCAGUGUGAGGCAGAGAAACCCCACAAAUGUCCCAGAUGUAACAAGAGCUUCAAGUGGUGCUCUGAUUUGAUUAAACACCAGAGAACCCACACAGGUGAAAAGCCAUUCAUAUGCAGUGAGUGUGGGGAGAACUUCAGAGUGAGCUCCCACCUGAUCUCCCACCGAAGAAUGCACACAGGACAAAGGCCCUACCUGUGUCUCGAGUGCCGGAAAAGCUUCAGCCGAAAUUCUCACCUUAUAAAUCACCAGAGAGCCCACACUGGCGAGAGGCCUUUCAAAUGCAUGCAGUGUGGAAAAGGCUUCAGUGAUUUCUCAACGCUUACCCAGCACCAGCGAACCCAUACUGGCGAGAAGCCCUAUGGCUGUUCCCAGUGUGGGAAGUGCUUCAAACAGAGUGGUCAUGCCAACAGACACCAGCGAAUCCACACAAGAGAAAAACCCUUAUGUGUGCUGAGUGUGGGAAGUGCUUCCAAAACAAGACACACCUCAAGCAGCUUCAAGGAACUUCACCUGAAGUAGAGAGCAGGACAGCAUUUCCCUUGGGUCUAUGAACAUUGGUGCCUUGCUGUAAAAAAUAUAUAUAUAUAUAGAUAUAUGUUCUAUGGUGUGAUUGAAAGAAGGAAGAAACCACCAAGAGGAGGAGAGUAUCUCUGUCACAGUACAAGUAGGUUGCUGAUGAGGUGGGAGAGGGUGGUAGCAUAGGGGCAGAAGUGGGAAAAAGUUUCCUGUCAGCAGGAACAGUUUGCUCUGGCGAUUGAAGGAAGGGAUGUUGUAACGAGAAAUUUAGGGGAAGCUCGGCAAAGGAGGAAUUUGGUGCUUGGAAAUCUGAUUGUUUGGAGUACAGCCCUUGGAGAGAUGAAAAAAUCCCACUGUCUUACCAAGAAAGCAAAAAUGACAAAGCAGGGUCUGGCAAUGGGAGCCUACAUUCGGGAAAUGAGUCACCAAACUGCGGAUGAAAAGUUCUCUUUUUUCCUCUCUGGCAGCGUCUGUAGGUAUUUUAGGAGCUCUGUUAAACCUGGGCAAAGAUGUCCUAGUUUUCUGGUACAUGUUGUAAUAUUCCAGCUCUUUGAUGUGUUAAAUGCUUUCCCCUAUUAAAUAGCAGCUCUGCUUCUGUUGUUCA